CUUACCUCCCCGCCUGGCACGUCUUGAGCUCCGGAGUCAGGAAUUUAACGCAGCUGCGCGAUGACGUAAGUACUGCGGAAAGGAGGAGGGUCGGCCAUCUUCCACUCUCUUCAGAAGCUCUGGGAUUGAGAGCAGAUCUGUAAUAAUCAUGGGAAGAAGAGACUGAAGCAAAUCCACCAUGAUCGGAGGGCUCUUCAUCUAUAAUCACAAGGGAGAGGUCCUUAUCUCCCGGGUGUACAGAGAUGAUAUUGGGAGAAAUGCAGUGGACGCUUUCCGUGUCAAUGUCAUCCAUGCCCGGCAGCAGGUGCGCUCUCCUGUUACCAACAUUGCUCGUACCAGCUUCUUUCACGUGAAGCGCUCAAACAUCUGGCUGGCAGCAGUCACCAAGCAAAAUGUCAACGCCGCUAUGGUAUUUGAGUUCCUUUAUAAGAUGUGUGAUGUCAUGACUGCUUACUUUGGAAAGAUCAGUGAAGAAAAUAUCAAAAACAACUUUGUACUGAUCUAUGAGCUGCUUGAUGUGGGAAACAAUCCAUUGCUAUUGAUGACUGUACAUUCCAUCAGUGUGUUCGACUCAGCAAGUUUGAUUCAGAGCGCAGCAUCAGCUUUAUUCCACCCGAUGGAGAGUUUGAACUAAUGAGAUAUCGAACCACAAAGGACAUAAUUCUUCCAUUCCGUGUCAUCCCACUGGUUCGAGAGGUGGGGCGUACUAAACUGGAAGUUAAAGUUGUCAUUAAAUCCAACUUCAAGCCUUCCCUGCUGGCUCAAAAAAUAGAGGUUAGAAUCCCCACACCACUGAACACAAGCGGCGUCCAGGUCAUUUGUAUGAAGGGAAAAGCCAAGUACAAGGCCAGUGAAAAUGCCAUAGUCUGGAAGAUAAAACGCAUGGCUGGAAUGAAGGAAUCACAGAUUAGUGCGGAGAUUGAGCUUUUGCCGACCAAUGACAAGAAGAAGUGGGCACGCCCUCCUAUUUCCAUGAACUUUGAGGUCCCUUUUGCUCCGUCCGGCCUCAAAGUUCGUUACCUGAAAGUGUUUGAACCUAAGCUGAACUACAGCGACCAUGAUGUUAUAAAAUGGGUGCGAUAUAUUGGGCGCAGUGGAAUCUAUGAGACACGUUGUUAAUGCAUCAAUACUUAGAGAGGAGGGAGCAACUUCCAUUAUUAAUGCUGCCCCAUCACACUACAUUCCGAUGGGGUGAACCCAACUAAAAGCAGGGAGGCAAAUCUCUCAGGCUCUGAAGAGUGGAAAAUGCUCCCUUCCUUUCUUGCUUCUUCCGCCCGACCAUUACAGCCAUCUGGCUCAUUAACCCCAUUCAGUCUGGAGGCUCUGCACACGGAUUCAGCUUCUGAAAGGUUAACCACAGUUUGAGAUCUAAAUUUAAAAGGGAUCUCCUUGUCCACCUUGCUGCUAUGUGGUUUUUUUAAACCCUUCUCACAUGCGGCUGCCCCUGACCUUGUAUACCACCACACAGUCUGUGAGUGUUGCUGGCAGAUAGUAUUUCUGAAUAGUGUAGUGCUUACCAUCAUAUCCCUCUCACCAGUAGGUAGCAGCGUCAUGUUUACUGUGUCCAAAUAUUUCUGUUUGUCAUUAACUAUUAAUGCUGUCGCAGGCCAGCUCAACAGCAAGAGGGGAAGUGGUGAGCUAUGACAUCAAUAUGUGAGAUAGAAAAUCGCAGUGGGAUCACUCUGCGUGGAGGGAUGGUACUUGGUGCAUUUUGAGGGCUUUUAGUCUGUAACGAUUAUGACCAAAUGUAAGGGUAAAGGUUUCAGGGAUUUUUCUCUGGCCCUUUUCAUUACUUCUCAUCAGUGAGGAAGAGACCAUAAGUGUCACACAGAAUGUGUCAUGGAGUGUAAAGAAUCAAACAUAUCACUGCCAGUGAGCAGUCACUUAUCCUAAAGCAGCAAGGAUGGAAUUCUGUAGCUCCCACUGAUGUGAUGUGUGGCCCUGUGACUUCUCCCUCCCCCUGUCCCUGUACUCCUUGUGCCGUGAUUUGCUCUGUUUUUUUUUCUUUGUGAUGGUCGAAUCAUAAACAUAAUAAACAGUGUAGAAAACGAA